ACAAUGCUUUCUACACAAGCACUUUUGAGUGCUAUUGGAGUUGGUGAGAAAUCCGCGACUAUUAUCGGUGCAACGUUUCAGUGGUUCUUGAGAGAUCUAACGGGAAUGAUCGGAGGCAUAUUAUUCACACUUUACCAGGAAUGUUGAUGGAUCUUCUUUCCCCUUUGUUCCCUUCAGCCUUUAUUUUCAUUGUUUGCUUAGGAAGCUUGUCAAGAUCAUUCACUGGUGUUGCCAGUGGAGCAACCAGAGCUGCUCUCACACAACAUUUUGCCCUCCAAAAUAAUGCAGCAGAUAUAUCCGCUAAGGAAGGAAGCCAAGAGACAAUGGCAACAAUGAUUGGCAUGGCAUUGGGAAUGCUUCUUGCUCAAAUCACUACCGAAAACCCGCUCGCCAUUUGGUUCUCUUUUCUCUCUCUGACAAUGUUCCAUAUGUAUGCAAAUUACAAAGCUGUCAGGUGUCUAGCUUUAGUCUCGCUGAACUUCGAGAGGAGCUCGAUUCUUCUGCAACAUUUCAUAGAAUCUGGCCAAGUUCUCUCUCCUAAACAAGUCUCAACUAUGGAGCAUGUUUUGCCCGUUUGGACCACUCUAAAGUCAUCAAAGACUGCUAAGCCCCUGCACGUAAAUGUAAAACUAGGAUUAAGGGUCUCCACUCUUGAUCACCUAGAAAUGAUCAACCUUUUGAACUCAGCCGGAUCAUUUUACAAUAAAGCAAAGUAUUUACUGGUUGAGAGGAAGGGAAUCGUCAGUGUCGUCGUGCACAAAGAUUCGACAGGUGCAGAUACCUUGAGGUCGUAUAUUCAUGCACUUGUUAUGGUUAAUCUUAUGGAUGAAAAAGGAUCUCCACAUCUGGAGAGCCAAGCAUGGAUGGAUAAGAACUAUGAAAGUUUCGUUCAUAAGCUAAAGUUGGCAGGGUGGAAAACUGAAAGACUUCUCUCUCAUUCGAUCAUAUGGAAGGCACGCUGGUCAUUGGAUGAAAAAACUGACUGAGCUAUCUUCGCUCAUGCCCAUGUGCAAAUCAGACAACCUUGUUUAAAUCAAAUUCAUCUGAGACAUAAUCUGCGAAAUUUGGAUUCAACUACAAGCUUGAAGUGUACGAGUUAGAGACUCAAAGCUGAUAAUUUAUUUGACUAAGUUCAACCAUUUAUUUGCUUAAUGAGUAAUGACAUAAUUUAUUAU